AUCUAUAAUAGUUUCUGGCGAUAAAAGAUUCGAAUAAAGAUAAUAUAAAAAAAACGGCGAAUCAUACUAAAACAAUCCUUCUAGGAGCCAGAAUAAUAUAACCGAUAAUUGUUAGAAAAAACAUGUAACAUUUUACAUGGUACACAUUGGGCCCCGCGCUUUGUGACACACGGCACCGUUGCAGCACCCGAACCAACCACCGUAAACCGGCACCGUUCGCCCAAGCAGCAUCGCGCCGAGCAGCAUCGGGUCCGCUGGUCCGGGGACGGAAAGCUUCGACGGUGACUGAAAGGUUGUUUGUGUUGGCCGAGACCGUGGCUCGCAGCAAACAUUCGGGGAAAAGGAGAAACGGAACCACAAGGAACGUCCUGGCCGAAGCGCAAUCCUUACCUUACAGGGCAGGUUGGCUUGUGGUGUGCAAGCGGAAGUCAUCGACCUUUAACAACCAGCCUCCGGACCCUGCUUCCUGCCCUUUGCAGGCGGCUUCUCAGGGGCAAGUUGCCCUUCUUCCAGCCGAGAGUGGCUCGCCAGUGGCAGUGUGGUCUUCCGCGCCACCAAAAAGGGCAGCAAAGUGUGUGUGUGUGUGUGCGCGUGUGUGUGUUUGUUCAAUCGGUCGUGUGGUGGUGCUGCUGCACGGGUGCGGAACGCAUUGAAGCAUUGAAUUUUCCACUUCACGGAUCGAUGAAAAACCAACGGAACGGAUUGGAGAUUACGCGGAAGCUGGUCGGUGCUGUUGUUGUUGCAAUCGGCCCGAACUACCACCGCACACAGCGUGAGUGAGCCUGCUGUGAGUGUGUUUGUGUUCGCGCUCGCGCGCGUGUGUGUGUGUGUGGCUAUUUCUUGUACGUGCGUUUGGUGUGUCAAAGAAGGCAGACUCAAAAACAAUACCGUUCAGUGUCCGUCGUGCUUGUUGCAGAGUUGCAGAAGACCGAAACGGGAACGGGAGCAGUGACCGUAGUGGUGCAGUGGUUCGGAUCGGUCCGGAAGGUGCACCAGCUACACAGUUUCGCCCUCGGCAAGCUCAGCAACAGCUUUGGCACUUCAAGGAAAUUGAUAUUGCCUUUUUUUUUCGGGAAUCGUGAAGAUAACAACCGAACCCGAUCGCGAUCAACGUCAAACAAUCAAAGCCGCAGUCGCUCCUCCCAGCCGCCCCCAUGGCAACGGUCAAUCUGAAUCCGAACGGCUGCCCGGUGGCGACCCCGACCGCGGUCGGCUCCAGCACCUCCAUCCACUCGAUACAGGGGAAGGACCAGUGGGUGAAGCUGAACGUGGGCGGCACCUGUUUCCUCACCACCAAAACGACCCUCUCCCGCGAUCCAAACUCGUUCCUGUCACGGCUCAUCCAGGAGGACAGUGAUCUCAUCUCCGAUCGGGACGAAACCGGUGCGUAUCUGAUCGAUCGUGACCCGCGGUACUUUGCGCCGGUGCUGAACUACCUGCGCCACGGCAAGCUCGUGCUGGACGACGGCCUGUCGGAGGAGGGCGUGCUGGAGGAGGCCGAGUUCUACAACGUGACGCACCUGAUCGGCCUGCUGAAGGACAACAUUGCGCGGCGGGAGCAGCGGCCGGCGGCGGACAAGAAGCGCGUGUACCGGGUGCUCCAGUGCCAGGAGAACGAGCUGACGCAGAUGGUGUCGACCAUGUCGGACGGGUGGCGGUUCGAGCAGCUGAUCAACAUCGGCACGCAGUACAACUACGGCACGGAGGAGAACGCCGAGUUUCUGUGCGUGGUGUCGAAGGAGUGCGCCAACACGCUGAUCGGGCGCGAGGUCGAGUCGAACGAUCGGGCCAAGGUGCUGCAGCAGAAGGGCUCGCGGAUGUAAGAUGCGGGGGAGGGGGGGGGGGAAGGGAUGA